AUGCUCGCGUUUACGACGACGAGAAGCACCGCGCUACCCUUCCAAAAGACGAUAAAAACUCUGAAGAAGACUAUCAGGGAAAAGGCUGCUUAUGCUAAUAAAUAUAAAUCGAAAACGACAACAACGACUUUUGCCCUCGCGGAUGAGGAUGAGGACGAGUUCAAUGUUGACGACGGCAAAGAAGACGAGGACGACGAUCAGGCGUUCAUUGACUCGUUCGAAAGAGACGGUUCAGCGACGAGUUCUUCUUCUUCUUCCACCUACCCUUUACGGGUGAAAUCGAUCGAUGCUUUGAGCAGUACGACGACCCCUCGGAAGAAGACGCAACGAGAAAUUGAGGCGCAGACUAUCGAAGACGCGAACGGUUUUCACGCGCCGUGGUCGCAAUACGAGUUAAGAGUCGAGGAAGACGACGACGACGAAACGACUCCGUGGGAAGAACACAUGAAAGAAGUCAUGGGGAAGAAAGCAAACUGGCCGUGUUGGGAUUUUUCGAAACCGGAGGAGGAGUACGAACCGGAACCAGAGUUUGUUUCGUUUCAGAAACCUCCGGAAAAAUACGACGCCUUCGAGGAGAAGGCGCGGUUGUAUAAAGAACGCGUGAAGAAAGAAAGAGCGCAAGCGAUGAAAGAGAAGGAAGAGAAAAUUCAACAGUUUCGAUACUUGUCGCAAGAUGGGGACAUUCGAUUGAGAGAUAAGAAAACAGUAGACGAGAGCGAAUGGGACCACGAGAAAAUCGUCGAGUUGAUAAACUUUGACCCGAAGGAGAGAAGGAGGAUGAUGCAGUCUUCAGUGGAGGUUUACGACCCUCGAUUUCCGUACGAUUUCGGAGAGUGCCCGGAUCCGCCUGAAGACACCUUGGACUUCCUUUAUAAAAUCGGUAGAUUGUGCGUAGAUGACGAGUGGGAGGAUCGAAAAUGGAUCGAAAUGACUGGCGAACCAACGCCAAAGUUUGACGAUUUGGACUUGGACAAGGAGGAGCAAAAAGAAGAGCUCGGCUUGGAAGAGAUGCGAGAAGAGAAGUUGAUGAAGGCGAAAGAUAUCGGUUUCGACGAUGACGACGACGACGAGGAAGAGAAAGAAGAAGAAGAAGAAUAA